UCACUUCAAAAUUGAAAAGAUGAUGUUUUCCUUUCUUUUUCUGCUUUUUAUGCCAAUACCACAAGUCAGAACGGGUUCCUUGUUAACCGGUACGUAUGAUCCGAACUCUACGGCUUUGAUCAAUGAAAGACGUGAUAUCAAGGAAAUUGACGUUCUUCGGCAGAUCAUCAACCAAGAGACUCUUAUUCGUGUAGCAGUGGUCAAGGAUGUGCGGGCAGUAGUGGACGACGUUAGGUCUGUGAAACGAAGCAUGGCGUCUUCAGAAACGAUGGUGUCCACCCUACAGCAGACAUUAGAAUCAUUGAAAAGUCAGGUUGAUUCUUUAAAUCGGGACAAUACUUUAGCGCAGAAAGUAGAGGUAUUACAAAGGCAGGUUUAUACCCUACGGCAGACCAAAACUUUGAAGAAGAGAGUAGAAACAUUAGAGAGACAGGUUAAUACUCUAAGUCAGGAUAACGCUUUACAACGAAAGGUAGAAACAUUACAAAGAAAGGUUGAUUCUCUGACUGAGGAGCAGACAAGAGAAAUCAAGAAUUGGCAGGAAAAGAAUCAGGAAAUUGAACAGAAAUUUAAUAGAAACAUCGCCGAAGUUUACGAACUUCUAAAUAACAGAACGUUGGAAACCAUUAAAAAAGAUUUAAAACUAUAUGUGGACUGCAAACACCACUGUCUACAAGGACAAACUCAGUCAGGUGUUUAUAGAAUUAGUCCCUUCGGUAAUGAGAGUCAGAUAGACGUGUACUGUGAUAUGGUGACAGAAGGCGGAGGAUGGACAGCAAUUCAGAAACGGGUGAGCGGAUCCGAGAGUUUUGACAGAACUUUGGCGGAGUACAAGAAUGGGUUCGGGAACGCUAACGACUCUUACUGGAUUGGAAAUUGUAGGAGAAAAAGAGGGAAGGUGUGUAAUUGGUUUGACAGAAAGAGAAAUGGGAGAAAGAGAGGUGACAGUAUGUUAAACACGGGGAUUUCUGACUAUAAUCUGUCUGGUAUGUACUUCACCACACCAGACAGAGAUAACGACAAAUUGAGUGGAUAUAACUGUGCCACCCACGGUGACCUUAGAGGAGGCUGGUGGUUUAACAACUGUCAGAUCGCCUUCCUCAAUGGUCCUUGGUCCCCGGCGAGCUGGAACAGUCCUUGGUGGCCUACCGUAGGGACUGGGUUAACUGUUAAGGAGACGAUGAUGUUGAUCAAGCGUCACUAGAUGUAGAUUAUAAAGGAGAAAAGAAAUGGUUGGAUAAUUCAAUGGAGAUUUCAAUAGACAAUAAUUGUCUAUGAUAAAACAUUGGAUAAUUCAAUAGAAUUCUACUGUUUAUGAUAAAGUAAUUGAUAAAUCAAUAAAUUAUUAUUGUCUAGGUCAGUAAACAAAAGUUGACUUCUUCACACACAAUGAAAAUACAUAUGUAUCCCUUUAAAAUCUUUUUUUCUACUUGUACCUACAUAUUUGGAAGGCCUGGCUUCAAGCCACAGGUGCAACAAAGACAAUAAAAAUAUCUUGGGCAAUUUUAAGUAAAAGAUUAAAAAUAUCUGUGUCGGAUUACUUGAGCUUACUUGUGAAUAAAAUUUUUCGGGUUUUGCUGGCUAAAAUAAUGAAAAUCUGACAUUGUCUUAACAUUUUCUGAAUAAUUCAAUUUUCCUUACUUUCAUCAUUUUGGACUUAACUCUAUGGAGAAUUUUUUUGUGUGCUCAUUUUCC